AUGUUGGCGAUACGUGUGGUCCCUCGGUGCCAUGCUAGUAUCACCAGCCAGUUACCAUGCCGCGCUGCGGCCACGUUUACGCUAGCCGUUCGGGCGAAACUGUCGAUUACCCCGGCCAAAGUCAACUGGUACUUUGCUACAAACAACCCAUUACGUCCACCAACCAAGCAAACGAAUAAGAAGACCGAGUUCGAGCCUUUCAGCCGCGAUGAUCUGCGAAAGUUAGAACUGGCUUGGCAACGGCUCCAUCACCACGACAAGCAAAGCCUGAGUUUGGUGCCGGUGAAAGAGGAUGGCUUGCUAGAAGUAAAUUUGGAGUCAAUGGAAGUGGCCCCAAUUUACUGGGAAGGAGCUGUUUAUGAAGUACGGCGGGGUCUUUGGUUUGACAGUGAUGGCACGCCGCUCUCGACCCCUCAAACGAAAUUGAUCGAAGACAAUUAUAAGAAGAUCAUUCCCAAAGUGAUCAAGCAUCACUUGGAAAAGCCAGACACCACCAAAAUGAUUCGUCCAAAGAAAAACCUGCCGCCUGUUGAUCUUGCUAAAAGUGAUAAUCUGACGCUGUUUUUCAAUGGCUUGGCCUCCUACGUCAAGGAUGUGCCUGAUUUCCUUUAUGGCUUGGUUCUGGACUUAGCGUCGGCAGCCAAGGAAGCUCCCAACGCCGCCUACGAAGGAGCUAAAGCCGUGCCGGAGAAAAUCAAGGAUGCGGCGUCUGCGGCAAAGGAAGCGCCGCAAAAUGCUUGGGACAACGUUGAGGAAAUGAUCAAAUCGGUAAACGAUUUCGCCGAACACAGUAAUGGCGAUAUCAACAUUAAUGACGAAGUGGACAUCAUUGAGUUGUCGCCCACUCACAAUCUCAUUUACUUGCUGGAGAAAAUCGCCGCCAUUUUCCCCAAGGAGUACAAGCAACGCCUUCAAAUCGACAUUCUCCGUAGCUUGGGUCCCAGUCAAGUGCCAUUUUUGCAAGUCUCAUACAUCUAUCGUGGCUACCUUGAAUCUUUUGAUAUACUGGUUCUUAGUCCGCAAAAGCUUCCUGCACUUUCGAAAACAUUUGAGACUGAGUUCCGCAAACUUCUUCAUCAAAAGAUUAGCGAACCCGACCCUGAGGAACUUGCUGAAAAGGAGCAGGUUAUCAUUGAAUCUGAUCUUGAGCCCCAAGCCCCUGCCAACCGCAAAAUUGACCAUUUAGUGUUUUGCAUUCACGGUAUCGGUCAGGUAUUAGGCGACAAGUAUCAACUGAUCAACUUUACUCACUCGAUCAACUUGCUCCGCAAGACUAUGACUCGUGUGUAUAAGCUGGACCCGCUGUAUCAAGAACUUCACGAUGACGAUCCAACGAAUACCGGUAUUCAAGUACUUCCAAUUCUGUGGCGUCACCGUGUUGAUUUCCACCCAAAUGAAAGAUUCAAGCUGAAUCAAGAGGGGCAACACCUUCCUAGUUUGCUGGAAAUAAACGCUGAAGGGGUCAAGCCAUUGCGCAAUGUUGUUGGUGACGUGGUUCUCGAUGUGUUGCUUUUCUACGAGCCUUACUACUUUAACCAAGUGAUGCGAAUAGUAGUGGAUGAAAUCAAUAGGGUCUACAACCUUUACAAGAAGAACAACCCUGAUUUCAAUGGGAAAGUUCAUAUUUUGGGUCACUCGUUAGGUAGUGCAAUUGGGUUUGAUUUGGCAUGCCAUCAGUGUAAGCUUGAUGACACAUUCUCAUCUACACAUGGUGAUGAGAAUCAUACAAGCGACGAAGGCCAUGAGCUCGACUUCGAAAUUGAUAACUUGUUCUGCGUCGGUUCUCCUGUCGGAAUGUUUAACUUGCUUAAACAAAAGAGUCUUGCUCCCUACACUCCUGACGCUCCCAAUUGGGUACGGACUCCUAAGUGUUCCAACUUGUACAACUUGUACCACCCUUGCGACCCUGUGGCAUACCGCAUGGAACCGCUCGUGGACCCGUCAUUUUCGGCGUAUCAGGCUGAGCUCGUUCCCUUUGCAACCGAAAGCAUUUCGAAAAAGCUCAUGAGUCUCAACGAAUUGAAGGACGAUAUCAGCGAGAAGUUGUCGAACGCUACGCUGUGGCUUCUGGAAAGCAAGCAGAAGCGUGCCUUACCUCUGGGUAAUGCCGAAGCCGAAAAAGCUCUGGUCGAUAAUGAGAACGCUUUGGGCGACAUCUUGUCGUCGCUUGCGGUAAUGGACAAUGAAUCUCUGGGGGGACGCAAAACCAAGAUGAGCCAAAAGGAUCUUCAAUUGCUCACCCCACUCAAUCGCACUGGCAGAAUAGACUACUCUCUUCCUAUGGGAGUGUUCGAUUUCUCAUUGGUGAGCGCAGUCAGUGCUCAUGUGUCGUACUUCGAUGAUGUCGACACCGCUGGCUUCUUGUUGAGAGAAAUCUUGAGAAGUGACUUACCUCCUGUCAAAGAGAAAACCGCUUACCGCAACGAUGUUAAUGGCAAAACCAAUUAA